AUGGCUGAAAUAAUUGACAAUGCUCCUCCGGCCAAACGCGCGAAGCCGGCGCCGCUCGCGGACGAGAAGGCGCCGCGGCCGCGCAACGUUCUCCUCGCCGAGUUCGAGGGCCUCGCGAAAGCGGACGCCUCCCAGGCGCUCCGCGACGCCGGCGGCGACCUCGACAAGGCGCGCGCGAUCCUGCGGAGCAAACGCGAGCCGCCGGCCAAACGCGCCAACGCUUCGGACGACGACGACGCGCGGCGCCGCCAGGAAGCGGCACCUGCGUCGCCGUCCGGCACCGCCUUGCUCGCACAGCUACGCCGCGAGCGAGAGGCGAGACGCGGCCCUCCGCCCGCUCCCGCGCCGGCGCCGCCGGCGCUUCCCCGACAAACUUCCAUUCAAGCGUUCGAGCUCUCCGCGGCGGCGCAGAGCGCCCGCGAUGUGCCGGGCCGCAUCGAUCGCGGCUUCACGAAGAUCGUCGACGGCGUCCUGACGGCCGGCGACGCCGCGGAACUCAUUCGGCUCGCCGCGCAAAAGGGUUACCAGGUCGCGACCAUCAAGGGACAAAACCGGACGCAAGCCGCGCGGCAAAAGGCCCUGAAGAAGCGCAACGGCCUGCGCUGCAUGGUCAACGCGCCGCGCCUCGCGGACCAGAUCUUCGAUCGGUUGCGGCCGUUUCUACCCCCGCGCAAGCGGGACGGGAACGGUGCCGAGUGGCGCCUCGUGGGCCUCAACGAGCGCCUGCGGUUCCUGAAGUACAACCCGGGCAUGCACUUCCUACAGCACCCCGACGGCCACUUCUCCCGCGGGCGACGCGAGCGCUCGUUCAUCACGUUGCUCCUCUACUUGAACGAGGGGUACGUCGGCGGCCACACGACCAUCUGGAACCGGGUCGGCGGCCAGAGCUCGCGGCCCGAGGACGGCAUUCCGGUCCCGCCGCGCGUGGGCAUGGCGCUCGUCCACGACCACAUCCUGCUCCACGAGUCGCCAAAGCUGCGCGUGGGCGUCAAGCACGUCAUCCGGACGGACGUCAUGUACGAGCGCGUAUGAGAACAACGAACGGGGCGGUGUAAGGAGUGAUUGUGAUCACGAUCUAGGGGAGAGAGUCGCUAAUUGAGCUAGCCCCUCUGCACGGACCGAGUGAGUUUCAGCUAGCGGCGUAAGACACUAGCAAGCUGGCUCGAGCUGCGGCGCGCUCGUAGUUUGUGCCCGCUGAGCACGUAUAAAUCACACGGUGGACGUUUCUGCACUGCGCCAACCAUCACCGAACAGCUGCGAGGGCCCUGCGUGCGCUCCUACACCCCUGAGGCUGCAACCCACUGCUCCGCGAGCAGCACGCCGCGCCGCCGCGCACAAGCAAUGGCCGUCACCGACGCCGCCCCACCCCCAUCACUAGCGCCGCCGACGCCGCUGCUAGGAAUAGUGGUCGAGGUCUCGCCCAACACGACGCCGUCGUCGUCUUCCCAGAGCUACGCCAAGGUCGUGGAAGCUGUUGUAGCUUUGAGAAAUGCGCACCUGCUGUGCCACCACGGCGGCGAGGUGUUAGUUGUCGCGGCUCUGCCGGGCGCGACGCAAUUCAUCUCGAGCGACCAACAGAACGGCGGCGCCGCGACCGCGAAACAACUGAGAGAGUGCGCCGAGCGCGCGGACUCGGAGCGAAAGACGCCGGCCGCCGUCGCCGCUGCUUUAGGAAGAUUCCUCUGCUACGCUUCACGUAAAACGUCGACGGCGCGCUGCGUGCUGUUCAAGUGCGGCGAGGACGACGCCGCGCAAUAUCACGCGGUCAUGAAUUGCCUGUUCGCGGCGCGGCGGCGGAAAAUUCUCGUGGAUGCCGUGUCCCUGGGCGCGAAGCCCAGUCCGCUGGCGAAGCUCUGCGCGCAUCUGGCGAAAGGCGCGUUCACGCACAACCCGCCCCAUCUGAGGGAUAGGUUGGUGGCCGUGGCGCUGGCGACGUUCGGCGCGGACGCCGAGUGCCGGCAAUCUUUGUCAUUACCGGCUUUACACGAGGCCGACUUCCGAACGGCGUGCCUCUGCUGCACGCCGCCGAAGAUCCUGGACCGGGGCUACGUCUGCGCGACGUGCCUGUCGGUGUACUGCCGGGCGGACCACGAGUGCCCCUGCACGAAGGCCCUGCGGAGCUAA